GAAAAACUUGAUCUCGACGGAGACAACGCUACAGUUGCUUUAAGAUGGGAGCAGUGGAAAAGAUCUUUUAACAUCUAUUUGGAAGCGACAGGAAUUUCAGGAGAAGAAAAAAAGCGAGCAACUUUGUUACUUUUAGGAGGACCAGGGAUUCAGGAAAUUGUUUUCAAUCUACCCGGUGCUUAUGAAGAAAACUCUACAACUGAAGCAGGUGUUUUUAAAACCGUUAUAGAGAAGCUUGAUGAUUAUUUCCUCCCAAAGCAAAAUAAAAUUUAUGAAAGACAUUUAUUUCGACAAAUCAAGCAAGUAGAAGGAGAAAAAUUUGAAAAGUUUGUUGUGAAAUUGAGGAAUCAAUCUAGCAAAUGUAAAUUUACUAGCCCUGAUGAGCAUAUAAUAGAUCAGAUUGUAGAAAAAUGUUUUUCGCCAGAACUCCGGAAAAAGAUAUUAACAUUAGGAGACACCGUUACGUUGGACAAGAUCAUAACUGAAGCGAACACUUUAGAAAUUGUGAAUCAACAACUGGAAGAAUAUGGGCAAAACAGCAAACCAAAUGAUGUGAAUACGAUUAGAAGUUACAAAAAAAAUUACAGCGAAAAAACUGAUGACGUGAAACGCAAAAAUGAGAUUAAGAAACUGGAGUCAACAACUAAAUCAGAUAUGAGUAAAUGUGGUAGAUGCGGAUACGAUAAGCAUAUAGCGCCAAACGAGGAAUGUCCUGCGAAAAGGAGAAAUUGUAAUGCUUGUGGAAAAUCCGGACACUUCAGCGCAAUGUGUAAGUCUAAACCCGAGAAGCGAAAACGUGAAGACAAACCAAAUAACAAUAGUAAAAUAAAGAAGAAACGGAAUGAGGUGAACUUAAUAAACGUUAGAAAUGAUUCUUCUGAAGAAGACCAUUAUGUAUUUAACAUGAAUGACGAUGACGAAGCUAAUAUCGAAUGUGAAAUGGGCGGAGUCAAAGUGAAUUUACUUAUAGAUUCUGGAUGUAAAUUAAACCUAAUUACUGAAAAAACAUGGGAGGACGUACUGGUUGAGAUCCCAGUUGAUGAAAAGUGCAAGCCUGUAUCACAACCAUAUCGGAGAAUCCCAAUUCCUAUUGAAAACAAGGUCGAAAAAGAAAAUAAAAGAACUCCUUGA